CUUUAAGAGCCCCCACUGUGGGCGGGGCCCAGAGAGGGGACGCUGCCCCUUUAAGAGCGCCCACUGUGGGCGGGGCCCAGAGAGGGGACGCUGCCCCUUUAAGAGCGCCCACUGUGGGCGGGGCCCAGAGAGGGGACGCUGCCCCUUUAAGAGCGCCCACUGUGGGCGGGGCCCAGAGAGGGGACGCUGCCCCUUUAAGAGCGCCCACUGUGGGCGGGGCCCAGAGAGGGGACGCUGCCCCUUUAAGAGCGCCCACUGUGGGCGGGGCCCAGAGAGGGGACGCUGCCCCUUUAAGAGCGCCCACUGUGGGCGGGGCCCAGAGAGGGGACGCUGCCCCUUUAAGAGCGCCCGCCCAUUGUGAGCGGGGUUGGCCCCUCCCCCGCAUUACGUCAUGCCGAUUGUCCUGGUCCGUCCGGCCAAUCGGACGCGCCGCCUGGAUUCUACGGGAGCCGGGAUGGGCCCGAGUCCGCGCCAGGAUUUCCCCAUCCGGACCAUAACGCAUUGCGCAGGGUGCACAACCCGAUCCUGCGGCUUUAAUAGCCCUGACAUGGAAACCCCACUGCAGUUCCACCAGUUCAUCCAGCAGCCGCACCAGCAGCAACAACGAGACGAGCAGCCGCACCAGUGGAUCAGAUGCAACUGCCCGCGUGUCACCGCCGUUGGCGACAACCGGCUGCUGUGUAAUUCCUCGCCACUCACUUUCAGGACCGAUUCUCCACACUCCUCCUCCUCCUCCUCCAGGCACGGUAGUCAGCUGAACGUCAGCGAGCUUUCUCCUUCCUCCGCCAGUCAUGCCAGCUCUUCUAGACACCACCAGCACCGGCAGCCCAGCCCCAGCCCCAGCAGCAGCCGCAGGGAGAGCAAUCCCUUCACUGAAAUAGCCAUGAGCAGCUGCAGGUACAACGGCGGCGUGAUGCGGCCACUCAGCAACCUGAGUUCCUCCAGAAGGAAUCUGCACGAAGUGGACUCGGAAUCGCAGCCUCUUCAACCCAUCUUCACCACUGUCGCCCCGGAGAUCGUGGUCUCCAAACCGGAGCAAAACAACUCCACUACGGUCGUUUCUUACGGGCAAAGCCAAAGCGGGAGCGCUGGCGGCGGCGUCGUCGGCGGUGGAGGAAACGGGGGGAAUAACAAUAAAUCCUGUAAAAAGAAAAACAAUAACAUUGCCUACAAGCUGGGACAUAGAAGAGCUUUGUUUGAGAAAAGAAAACGAUUGAGCGACUAUGCUUUAAUCUUUGGUAUGUUUGGGAUUGUAGUGAUGGUCAUCGAAACUGAACUUGCGUGGGGGGCUUAUCAGAAGGGAUCUCUGUAUUCAUUAGCUCUUAAAUGCCUUAUUAGCCUUUCUACCAUCAUUCUGCUUGGUCUGAUCAUUGUAUAUCACGCGCGGGAAAUUCAGUUAUUCAUGGUAGACAAUGGCGCAGAUGACUGGAGAAUAGCCAUGACUUAUGAACGGAUUUUUUUCAUCUGUUUGGAAAUAUUGGUAUGUGCUAUUCACCCAAUUCCUGGAAACUAUACUUUCAUAUGGACAGCACGCCUUGCCUUUUCGUACACAACAUCUACAGCAAUAGCAGAUGUGGAUAUAAUCUUAUCAAUACCAAUGUUUCUUAGGCUUUACCUGAUUGCUAGAGUAAUGCUGUUGCAUAGCAAACUUUUUACGGAUGCUUCAUCAAGGAGUAUUGGAGCAUUGAAUAAAAUCAACUUCAAUACCCGUUUCGUAAUGAAGACUUUAAUGACAAUAUGUCCAGGAACAGUACUGCUGGUUUUCAGCAUCUCAUUGUGGAUAAUUGCAGCAUGGACUGUCCGAGCUUGUGAAAGAUACCAUGACAGCCAAGAUGUCACAAGCAAUUUUCUCGGAGCAAUGUGGCUUAUUUCUAUCACUUUCCUUUCUAUUGGAUAUGGUGAUAUGGUACCGCAUACAUAUUGUGGGAAAGGAGUUUGCCUACUCACAGGGAUUAUGGGUGCUGGCUGCACUGCUCUGGUUGUCGCUGUGGUUGCCCGGAAGCUGGAGCUUACAAAAGCAGAAAAACAUGUGCAUAAUUUUAUGAUGGAUACACAACUGUCAAAACGAGUAAAAAAUGCAGCUGCCAAUGUUCUCAGGGAAACAUGGUUAAUAUACAAAAAUACAAAAUUAGUUAAAAAGAUUGACCAUGCAAAAGUGAGGAAACAUCAACGCAAAUUCUUGCAAGCCAUCCAUCAGUUGCGAAGUGUAAAAAUGGAACAACGCAAAUUAAAUGAUCAAGCAAAUACUUUGGUGGAUCUUGCUAAGACGCAGAACAUUAUGUAUGACAUGAUCUCAGACCUGAACGAAAGGAGUGAAGAUCUUGAGAAAAGGAUUGUAACACUGGAGACUAAACUAGAGACAUUAAUAGGAACUAUCCAAGCUCUACCUGGACUGAUUAGUCAGAUGAUCAACCUGCAGCAGAGGGAAUUUCUGGAAGCUCAGAUGCAGCACCAUGACCAACAAAUACCUUGCAGUGCUGAGCGAUCACGAUCGUCGACAAGGAGGAGAAGGUCUUCCUCAACAGCUCCACCAACAUCAUCAGAAAGUAGCUAGAAGUGAACGUUUUAACCACUAGAAAGAACUUUUUUUUGCCAUCAUAUGGUUGAUAUUUUAGCUUUUAUUGUAAAGCCCUAACAAUACUAAGCAGUGUUAUCCGGAUUCUGAUGUCAGAAUCCAGGGAACCUGAAAAAUUAUUUUAGGCCAAAAGGAGUGUGUUCUCCCUCAGAUGCACAGUGAAUGCACCUAACCUGCUUUAUAGAUUGUUUCUUCUGUACAACUCACUUGACUUUUUACUUGCGCACUUCAACUGACUUUAUUAAUAUAUAAUAUAUAAUAAAAGGAACAUUUCUGGAUAUUUCUGUCUGGUGAGUUUAAACCUCUAUUCAUGGGCAUUGAACUCAGGUGCUCAAUUAAUAAUGAACAAGAACAUUUAUCUUGUUUCAACUAUCAAUAUUACUUACAUAAGUGAUGUUUUUUUUAAGAACUGUCCAGUUUGCUAGAAUGUUACACGGAAGCAAUAUUCACUGUCUGCUACUGCUUAAAAGAAAUGAAACCUUUUGUAUGUAUAUUGAAAUAACUGUUAAAAGUGGCCUACUGUGGAGAAUUUUAUCAUUAAUCUGGCAUUUAUAUGAUAUUUUGUGAUUCUGUUAAAUCCAAAAAAAUGAUAACCAGAAAUUAAACUUAAAUUACCAAAGAUUGUAAAUAGUCAAAGGAACUAGAUUACACAGCAAUAUUGCAUCUUUAAACUUCUAUAUUUUUAUUUCUCAUGAACGGCCUUUGAUUUGAAAUAGCAACUAUUUUUCUCUCUUUGAGUGACCUAUAUUUCUAGCAUUUUCCAUUUUUAUUUCAGAUUUUCAGCUUCUGCAGUUUUUUACUUUUGUAAUCAUCCAGGAUUAUUUCAUUUACAAAUUAUUUGUUACGAUCGGAACCCAAAGCAGAUCAUUCCACUGAACAUUCUGAUUCUGAUAGGACUCAUUAUGGACUCCAAAUGAAAACUUUAAAAGUGAAAUGCUAUCUUAUACUGUUCUUUGUAGUCUUUAAAGUUAGGGUUGCCUGUUACAAAUUGGAUAAUAUUGGAAUGUUUAACAUAAAGCAGCAUUCAUUGGGACCAUGCUUUCUCUUUGCUAUCACACAAAUCUCCGCUUUUAAUGAAAGUCAAAAAUGUAUUACUGAAUAUGAAUUUCAGACAUUUAUACAAGGGAAUAACCCAGAAGAGCCCCAAUCUUCCUUCCAUGAACCAUAUACUCCUCAAACUAUGAAUGGUUGCACAUCUUACGUAUUUGCAUUGUUCUUAGUUUACAUUUUAAAGGUGUCCACUUCUCAAUUAAAUAAUUGAAGUUGUGGAUUUGCAAAAAGUGAGUUACAGACCAUGGGGAUCAGUCAGUGGGAUAUCAGCAGGAUUGGCUCAGAUGAACUGGAAUCUGAAUCGUGCUUCAUGAAUGAUCUUCAGUUUUUUGAAAUAAAUGAAGCCUGACAAAUGCGUGAUCUCCUGGAGGGAGGAGAUUUAUAUUUGAUUGUUCAUCAUUAGCAGCAAUGUGGAUUUGUUAGAAAAUCACAAAGUAGCAUCAAUGUUGGUCAAAUGGGAAAAUGCCCUUUCAGCAUUGCUGAAAAAUGCUUAGUGUAGUUAUAGUUUAGUUUAUAAUUGCCACUUGUACCGAGUUACACUGAAAAGCUUUUGUUAGUGUGCUAUCCAGUCAAGAAAACGACUAUACGUGAAUGCAAUCAAGCUGUCUACAGUGCAAAGAUAAGGGGUAAAGGGUAUAGCAUUUAGUGCAUUUAAUGAUAGAACUAUCAACGGAAUCAUGGUAAAACUCUAAACUCUAAUAGUUUGUUAGCACAGCUUUCAUUCCCAAAAGCAAUGGGUUGUCUUUACUCAUGCAAAGAUAUCAAGCAAGUGGAAUAGUUGGAGAAAGCACAGAACAUUUCAGAGUGCGGAGAGAACUAGAGGUACAAGCAAUCAUAGGACCAAGAUGAAAUUAAUCUAAUUAAUUUCCACAAUUCAAUCGUUGCUUCCAACAUUUGCCAAUGAAUAAAUCAUGGCAAAAUAUUCCCAAAAAAUAUGUGCACAGUUAAUAGUAAGAUAAGACUUUAUACUCAAUGUACCAACUCAACAAUGUAGUAAGGCGUAAAAACAGGGAACUGCAGAUGCUAGUUAGCAAAAAGACACAAAUUGCUGGAGUAACUCCGCAGGUCAGGCAGCAUAUUUGGAGAAUGUUCAUAGGUGACAUUUUGGGUUGGAACCCUUCAGGCUAAUUGUGGGUGGAAGGGGGGACAGAAAGCUGGAUAUAGGUGAUGGGAUUUUUUGAUAGGUAAAUGGUUGGGCAAGUUAAAGGAGUGAAGGAGACGGAGGGAAGGAACAGGCGUGAAUCCAGUGAGGCAGAGGGAAGGAAGGGGGUGGGGUAGGGUUACUACAGAGGCAUUAUUGGGCUUUUUUGAUGAUUACAUCAAUGUGCUGGGAAGAGAACAGAUGUUCAUAGAUUUGCACGCCAUGGAACUUGAAGGUGUUGUCUCUCCAACACCGACAUGUUGAUGAAAUUAGAUUUGUGGGACCUCUGCCUUUUUCUUUGAAAGUCAACAAUCAGCUCCUUGGUCUUACUGAUGUUGAGAGCAAGGUUGUUGUUCUGGCACCAUUCAAUCAGAUGGUCAAUCUGCCUCCUGUAAUAUAGCUCAUUACCCAUAAUCCAUCCAACAACAAUGAUGUAGUCUGAAUUUAAAGAUGCAGUUGGAACUGUGUCCAGCUACACAGUCAUAGGGAUAGAGUGAGCAGAGCAAGGAACUGAGCACAGUGUCUUGUCAUGCUUCC